UGUUUCCCUUUAAGAGGCAGGCCCUGGAGCUGCUUCCUCUCAACCCUGCAAGAGCCCUAAACACACUGCAUCUGCCUGCAGCCUGCCCGCUGCCUGCCGCUGCUGCCCGCCGGUCCAGCCUCACUCCCCAGCCAUGCUGCUGCUCCCACUGCUCCUCGAGGCUGCCCUGCUGCGGCUGGCCAGCUCCUACCACCCCUUCUACAACGGCUUCUAUUACAACCAUGUCAUGAACGACAAUGGCAAUGGGCACGAGAAAGUGGUUGAUUUCAAUGGGGUCAGGCUGGUGGUGGAGACCUCCAAAGACCCCAUCUACAGCUUCAGUGGUGCCAAUGUCACCCUGCCCUGCCACUACCACCACGAGCCUGACUCUGAGGCCAAGCGUAAGAUCCGCAUCAAGUGGUCCAAGCUGCGAGAUGACUACACCAAGGAGCAGGAUGUGCUGGUGGCCAUUGGCAAGACCUACAUGGCCUUUGGGGAUUUCCGGGGCCGCGCUCACCUCCACCGGACCGGACAGCGCGAAGCCUCGGUGCUCAUCAGCGAUGUGCGCCUGCAGGAUGACGGCAAAUACCGCUGCGAGGUCAUCGAUGGGCUGGAGGAUGAGAGUGAUGUGGUGGACCUCCGGCUGCGAGGCAUCGUGUUCCCCUACCAACCACCCCGCGGGCAGUACAGCCUCAACUUCCACGAAGCUGAGAGAGUGUGCCAGGAGCAGGGUGCCCUCAUCGCCACCUUCCACCAGCUCUUCCAGGCCUGGAGCGAGGGGCUGGACUGGUGCAACGCAGGCUGGCUGGCCGAUGGCACCGUGCAGUACCCCAUCCGCCUGCCCCGCAAACCCUGCGGUGGGGUGCACCUCGCCCCAGGCAUCCGCAGCUACGGCCCCCGCCACCGGCACCUGCACCACUUCGACGUCUUCUGCUUCUCCUCCACACUCCGAGGGGAGGUUUUCUACCUGGAACACCCAACCAGAAUGACGCUGGAGGAAGCCAAGCAGGCGUGCCAGGACGCUGGUGCUGAGAUUGCCAAAGUGGGACACCUCUACUCCGCGUGGAAGUUCCAUGGGUUGGACCGCUGCGAUGCCGGCUGGCUGGCGGAUGGCAGUGUCCGCUACCCCAUUGUCAAACCCCGCGCCAACUGCGGCCCCGCAGAGCCUGGUGUGCGCAGCUUCGGCUUCCCCAGCAAGGGCAGGUUUGGGGUCUUCUGCUACAAGGAGAGAUAAGGAACAUGGAGGGUUCCUACCCGUCCUGAGGAUGUUCCCAUCCCAACGGUGCCUGGCCUUGGGUGUACCCGGGGCUGUUUUGGGAGUGACUGGGUGGGGGGAAGCUUCUUUGGUUUGAAUUUUUCUUCCUUUACGUUUUUACACUUUCUGAAUGCAGCAGGACGCUGGGCUGGAGCAUCCCGCUCUACAGCAGGAGACUGGCCCGUAUGGGCUACACAUAAGGAUGAUGGCCUCUCUCUCCCCAGCCUGGUCCCCUGUCUCUUGGCUGCAUGGGACCAGGGCAUGGAGUAGACAUCUCCCCUACACCCCAGCCCCGCUGCACCCCAGCCCUGCUGCAGUCUCGUCCCAUCCCACUGAAGGAUGCUGCUGUGCCUGUCCCCGUGGUGGUGCUCGUGCCUUAUAUCCAUGCACCCCGCGCCCGGACCCCGUUUGAACUCUGGUGCCUUCUUCUUCAAGCGUUUUGUUAUGAAAAGAUGAUGUAUUUUCCUGGACCUCUUCUAAAUAAAUCAGUGGAGAAAGCCAUGGAGCGAUGUGGCAGUGUCUCCACUUCUGUCUCA